AUGCCUGUGAAGAAAACGAUUAACAAAAAUAUCCCCAUGUUUGGCAACCACUCAGAAUCCAGGCCCCCAAUUUUCCUGCUGACAGGCUUUCCUGGCCUAGAGAAACUCCACUUCUGGAUUUCCCUCCCCAUCUGCUCCAUGUACUUGGUGGCCCUCACAGGGAACUGCCUCAUCCUCUUCGUCAUCAGGACGGACCCAACUCUCCACUCCCCCAUGUACUAUUUCCUGUCCAUGCUGGCCCUCUCGGACCUGGGCUUGUCCUUCGCCACUUUGCCCACCAUGCUGAGUGUCCUGUGGUUCAACCACCGUCAGAUCUACUUUGAGGCCUGCUUGAUCCAGAUGACCUUCAUCUACGCUUGCUCCAUUAUGGAAUCUGGCAUUCUCUUAGCCAUGGCUUUUGAUCGCUUGGUGGCCAUCCAGAACCCUCUGAGGUACACCAGUGUCCUGACCAACAGGACGGUCAUCACGAUUGGGGUGGGAGGUGCCCUCCGGUCCAUCUGCCUUGUCCUACCAGGCCCCAUCCUUAUGAGUCUUCAGGAAUUUGGGAGGAUGAAUGUGCUCUCCUACUCUAUGUGUUUGCACCCGGAUCUCCUGAAGUUGGUUCAUUCAGAUAGGAGGAACAGCAGCGUCUAUGGCUUGAUCGUUAUGCUCUCCUCCACAGGGGUGGAUUCACUCCUGCUGGUCCUCUCCUACAUCUUGAUCCUCAGGACUGUCCUGGGAGUGGCCUCCAAGGAGGAACGCUCCCGGGCGCUCAGCACCUGCAUCUCCCACCUUUGUGCGGUCCUCAGCUUCUACAUCCCCAUGCUUGGGCUCAGCAUGAUCCACCGAUUUGGGAGGCACGCGUCCCCCAUCGUUUACAUUGUCAUCGCCAACGCUUUUUUGUUAGUGCCCCCCUUGAUGAACCCCAUUGUGUACAGUGUGAAGACCAAACAGAUCCGCACGGGGAUCCUCAAGAAGUUCCAGAGGAGCAGAGAACAAUGA